AUGGCUGCCCCAGUACUCCCUCUACAGCAGGUCAAGCUACCUGCGCUGCCCUCUACUCGUUUAACUCCGGAGCAGCAAUACUGGAGGACAUUCAAGAACCCUCUUUUGAUUCCAUCUCCGGCCAACGGUCCCGUCAAUUUCAUCACUCAGCCAUCCGCUCCAUCGUCCGCUUCGGCCUUUCCCUCCCUCACUCAGCCCCCCGAUAUCUUCACCGUGACCACCGGUGCCCGUGUCCAGAUCUACUCCAUUCGCACCAGGAAACUUCUACGAACCAUCACGCGUUUCGAUGAUACCGCUCGGGGUACUGACGUGCGUCCCGACGGUCGGGUACUUGUUAGUGGUGACGAUACCGGCACUGUACAGGUGUUCGACGUGGCAUCGCGAGCUAUUCUUAAGACAUGGAAGGAGCACAAGCAGCCGGUCUGGGUCACUAAGUUCUCUCACAGCGAUGCGACCUCCCUCAUUAGUGCAAGUGAUGAUCGGACCGUGAGAUUGUGGGAUCUGCCGAGUGAGAGCAGCGUCAAGACAUUUGUGGGCCACACCGACUACGUGCGCAGCGGUGGAUUUAUGCCAGGAUCUAUGGCAUCGUCGGGUCUCCUGGUCUCGGGCAGUUAUGACCGCACCGUGAGGUUGUGGGAUCCCCGAGUGGAGGGUCGAUCAGCGAUGACAUUCAAGAUGGGUGCCCCGAUCGAAAACAUUCUGCCCAUGCCCACGGGGACGACGGUGCUUGCAGCGGCGGAUAACAAGAUCGCAGUGCUUGAUAUUGUGGCGGGUAAGCCCUUGCACAUGAUCCAGAGCCACCAGAAGACGGUCACAGCGUUGGCCUUGGCCUCCAACGGCGAGAGACUGUUGAGUGGUGCUUUGGAUGGUCAUAUGAAAGUGUUUGAAACGGCGGGAUGGAAUGUCGUGGCUGGAGCCAAGUACCCAUCGCCAAUCCUGUCUCUGCGCGUUAUUACGUCGGGCAUGACACAGGAAGACAAGCAUGUUGCCGUGGGAAUGCAGUCCGGUCUGCUGGCGAUCAAGACCCGGCUUUCGGGACAGCAGAAGGUGCGGGAGCGGGAGCGGCGGAAGGAAAUGCAGGCCCUGCUGGAAGGCAAACUGGACGAACAUGACCGGAAGGUAGCCAAGCAAAAGAAACUGCGUGGCUCGGGCUGGGAAAGACGACUGCGUGGACGCGAUUUCAUCGGGGAGGGCGUCGACAUUGUGAUCGAGGGCCGGGAUCGGAAGAAGCGGAAGAAGGAGCAAAGUUGGGAACACGACCUGCGCAAAGCGCGGUAUUCGGCCGCUCUGGAUCAAGUGUUAGCCUCGGCCGACAGGACGGCGCAGCUUACACUAUUCACAGCUCUACGACAUCGGUCCGCGCUGCGGGCGUCGCUGCAGGGUCGGGACGAAGAGACGCUGCAGCCAGUGCUGCAGUGGGUGCACAAGAACAUCCGGGAGCCACGGCUGGUGAAGCUGUGUGUGGAGGUGGCGAUGAACGUGCUGGAUAUAUACUCAGGGAACCUGGGACAGUCGGCGCAGAUAGACAGGAUGGUGGAGCGAUUACAUCGACGAGUGCGCGACGAGGUGGAAAUGGCGCAUCAAGCGUGUCAGACGCAGGGGAUGCUGCAGAUGCUACAGGCGUUGUGA